GUAUAAAACUUUAUUUCUCACUAAAUAAUUUUUUGAAUAAAAUUAGCUUUGAACCAUUAGUUUCAGGUCAGGGCAUAUUAAGUAUGCAUCACAAGUGGGUGUCUUUAAAACGAUAUCAGAUUCUGAUUUGAUAGAAUCUUCAAUGGUUCACAAAUCACCUCUUGGGAGAUUUUUAAUAAAGAAAGGACUAAAAAUAUUCGAAUAUAUUUAAUAAUAUGUGAUGUGCUUCAGAAAUUGGGAUAAUUUAAUCUGGGCCGUCUAACUUGGUGGGAUCACAAAACCAAAAAAAAAAAAAACCCCUAGUAUUAAUUUUCCUCUGCCUUCUCUCUAAAAAAAGACUUUGCCGAGAAUAUAGUGCUGCCGGCCGACGGAGUGGGCUUCCACAGCCACCGUCGGUCCGGUUUAUGGGUUAUCUUUUUGGUUAUAGUUUGUAUAUAUGGGAGGGAGUGGGAAUUGUGUCCCCUUCUUGUUUGAUGUUAUAUGAUCGAUGUUUUGGUUCCGGGAGGUGGAGACUAAUACAGCUCCUCCGUCGCCGGCUAUUGACUCCGGAGGGUAGAAGCUCUCUAUGCUUUGCCUUGCCGGCUUUUGACUACCGCUCUAUUGUUUCCUUUACUUGGAAGGCGAUAGUGAUGGGUUCCUUGCAAAUUGGGAUGUCCCGAUUGUGGAAGUUUUCUGGGUUUCGGUGGCUGCAUGUAACGGAUGAGAUCUCGUCGAUGGACGAUUGGAGAUCUCCGUUGAUGGUGGUGUAGAUCGGUGUGAAGUUUCCUCUUGUGUGUUCGUGGCGUAAGGCGUUGGAUGAGAUCUCGAUAGUCGAUUGAAGCUCUUCGAUGCUUGGAACAUAGAAGAAGAAGGACAAGAUAUGAAGAUGGUGGUUUCGACCUGUUCCCGGCAGGUAUUCCGGUGGUCUGAGAUGGAAUCGAUGAAGCUUUCCGGCGAAAAGCAUUGGGCGGUGGAGACAUGGCCAACGUGUGUCUUUACUUCCCUAUCUGGUGUACACGUGUUGUAUACGUGUAGUUCGGUUUGGAGUUUGCGUUUGGGCUUUGUUGGGCCUCGGUGGUUUGUUUGUAUGUGUGUCCAUUUGGACUUUUGGGCUACGUUAUAGUUUGGGUCUGAUAUGGCCAUAUGUGUACUUUUAUUUUGUUUAAUAUAUAUAAAUAUCUGAUGGC